ACCACACAGAUGCACGGCGAUGAAACCAGGCUGCUUUUGAAAGACAUUGCCAUCCAGAAGAUGACUUCAAUGCUCGCUGAAGUACUUGUGGUGGUAAAGGACCUGUCCAGAGAUGUGCAGUUCAUCAAGAAUGAGUUGGCAGAGGGCAACAUGACUCCGGCUGGUAGUCAGGGACCAGGGUCAGCCACAACCCAUAUGUUCCCCAUCCAGCUGCCAAUCGCCAAUGAAGACGACUUCAAUGAGGCUGAAUCAUUGCUGAAGAAUGAAUCAGUCUGUCAAAAGAUGAUUGCUCGCCUGGCUCUGGUAGGAGGCACCAAUUCAGAGAACCUGAUCAGACGGAUGCUGGCAACUGCUCUGACUAACGCCUUGGCCUGUCGGUACAACUGGGCUGGAAAGAAAGACAAGCGUUGCAGCAGCAAGAAGCCAUUCAAGGAAACGGCAAUACAAGACUGCAUGUUUGCUGCUGCUCGGCAGUUCGACCGCAAGCUGACCCACAAUGGCUUCAGUGAAACUGUGAAGAAGUGGCUUCGUUAUGCUCCAGAGCGCGAGGGAGGCAUCCCAAGGAACACAAGUGAAACGAACACAAGUGAAACAAACGCAAGUCCAACUUAG